AUCACGGUGACGCUUCUGUCUGGAAGGCAGUCUUCCCUAGGUCAUAGUGAGCUGGUCCUUGGUGAUUAAAACAGGGAUCGCUGUUGCGAUUCUGAAGAAUUUAACGCUUUCUUGCGUUCCGUCGCUGCUGAGAUCGCACAUACCGCACUAUCCGUCCAGUGUGACGCACAUUGCUGUCGCGAGAACAAUCGCAUCAUCUGUCCAGCCGACCGUUAACCAUGCGACCGUCACCGUCUCUCGCGAUGACUCCGUCUGUCGCAUCCAUCCCCCCGUCGCCUUGGCGAAAUUCGCGAAACGGGAAACCGUUGCAGACAACCACGUCGCCACCGUGCACGUGCAGGUCGCGUCAUGCCACUCCCGCGUCGUCGGCAGUUCAACACAGCAUCACUAGACCUCCGCUGGUUCCGCGGCUAAGCAAUAGGGCAUCGGUGGUUGUUCGAGCAGCAGCAAGCAGCCGUGCGGUUGUGCGAGCGGCGGCGUGCGACACGCGCAUGUCGUUCGGCGGCGGAGGCGAGACGUCGUCGUCGUCAGGUUCGGCGGGAUCGCAGCAGGCGACGCAGCAGAAGCAGUCGACUCCCAAUGUGGCGAAGCUAGACAUGGGGGGAACGGGCUUUCCUCCCCGAGAUGAUGAUGGAGGUGGUGGAGGAGGUGGAGGUGGAGGUGGCCGUUUCUGGUGGGGCUUUGGGUUCUGGUCAGUGCUGCUGCUUCUUUCCUUUUUUAAAGACCGGGACGAGAAAAAGCGACGUUCAGGGCGAAGAGCAGCUUAUUAUUGAAAAUGUUGAUUUAGUAUGGUGGGACCUAUGCUUGAGCGUUCCUACAUAUUUCUAGAGCAAAUUUAGGCAAGAUCUGAUCAGAAUGGAAAUAUCCGUUGACUUUUCUACGCUUCUCCCCUAUGCUGAUGGCCGCUAUACUCGG